AUGGAAUUUGAAAAAAAGAAAAAUAGGCAGACUAUAGAAUUGGAUUUGGAAAAGGGUUCAGAGAAAUCUUUAAAUAAAAAACCGGAAACUGUAACUUCGAAAUCUUUAGAGUUAGAAAAAAGACCAGAUAACUCUGAAAAUACCAUUACUCUCACUGAAUUACAAUUAAAUGAAACUGAUAGACCGACACAAGCAAAUGAAACAGUAAAAAAUGUUAAGGGACAGUUUCAAUGUAAUCCACACAAAAGUAAAAUACAUAAACAGGAAAUAUAUUCCGAGAAAAGUCCUUUGCAGAAUGUUGAAAGUAAUGACGACGUAGAAUAUCAAAUUAUGACAGAAAAGGAGAAAUCCAACACGAGCGAUCUAGAAAACGAAGAAAAUGAUGGAAAAGAUAGAAAUUUAAAGAUCGACAGAUUGAAAUGUCACAAAGGAACCAACAAAGCAGAGAAUAUUUUAGAAGAAUCGUCUGCAAGUUCUGAUGAAUUCCUAAGUCUAGCACAGACGCGAAGGCGAAAGAAAACUCAUACUCGAUGGACAAAGGAGGAGUUAAAGGCAGUAAGAACUCAUUUUAAGGACAAUAUUCAACAAAAAACUAACCCUGGAAAAGCAAAGGAAUUCCCUCGUUGGGAGCAGAUCUUGGGUGCACCACCAGAUCAUGCUGAACAUAAUAUUGCAUUGCUAUCACAAUUGUGCUCACAUUUAAAAUUUCAACUUCGUACUAUCAAUUUUAAGGAAUUUCCUACUUGGGAGCAGAUCCUGGGUGCACCACCAGAUCAUGCUGAAUAA